GGGCGGGCACAACGCGCGAGGCGCGAGCGAAGAGGAGGCGCGCAGAGCAAUGGCGGUGCAGGAGGCGCGUCCCAACCACACCAUUUACAUCAAUAACCUGAACGAGAAGAUCAAGAAGGAUGAGCUGAAGAAGUCGCUGUACGCCAUCUUCUCGCAGUUCGGGCAGAUCCUGGACAUCCUGGUGUCCCGCAGCCUGAAGAUGAGGGGGCAGGCCUUCGUCAUCUUCAAGGAGAUGGGCAGCGCCACCAACGCGCUGCGCUCCAUGCAGGGCUUCCCCUUCUACGACAAGCCCAUGCGCAUCCAAUACGAAACGGACUCAGACAUCAUAGCCAAAAUGAAGGGCACUUUUGUGGAGCGCGACCGGAAGAGGGAGAAAAGGAAACCCAAAGGGAGCGACGCCCCCCCCCCAAAAAAGAACCCCCCCCCGGGGGCGGCCGCACCGGUACGGAAAGCUCAGAGCAGCCAUUAAUGG